AUGGGGGGCAGCGAGGAGCAGCGACAGCAGGAGGGGACAGGCGAGGGGCGGAUGGGGUGGCUGUCGGCUGUGGCAAUCGGCGCUACCACUCCCGGACUCAGCCGUCCCACGCUGCUCAUGAACGCCAUCCUCGUGGGGCUGCUGCUCUCCUUCGCUGCCCUGCUGCCUGCUGCCCUCCGCUACUCCCGCCCACCUGGAGGGGACAGCGGCAGCAGCAGCAGGGGAAGUGGCAGCGUGGUGGAGGGCGGCAGCAGUGAGAUGCUGUACCACAUGGUGUUCCUGCUACUGCUCACUCUCCUGCUCAUUGCUCUGCUCAACUGGUGGGUGCCGGGUGCUCAACUGGUGGGUGCCGGGUGCUCAACUGGUGGGUGCCGGGUGCUCAAAUGGUGGGUGCCGGGUGCUCAACUGACAUGCCACUCCACUCACUCUCUGCACCAACCCGCAUGCACAUCGCUGCUCCCACUCCCACACUGCAUCCGUGUGUCGUGCAUACCAGCCCAAAGCAACCCUCGCCAACUUACCCUCCCCUCUGGCAGGUUGGCGUGGGAGGUGGGCACAGUGUCUGCCAAUUCACAGGCACGGCAGCUGCUGGCACCUGCUGGCAGCAGCCAUGGUGCUGCUCACGCUCACAAUGCCAUCGAGGCCCUGGAUGCCCAGGAGGAUGCAAGCGGGGCGAGAGGAGUGCACGGCAAGAGGCACAAGAAGAAGCGCCAGAGCAGCAAGCGGAGCUCCAAGGGAAGGCGCUGA